CAAGCUUAUCUUUUUAUUGAAUUUGGAUUCACCUUUCUUUCGUUUUUCUCUCUCUCUCUCUGCAUUUCAAUUAUUUCUUCUUCCGAUUUCAUAUCACCUAAUCAUCUUUCUAGAUUGAUCCAGGAUCCGCAUUUGAUUGAUUUAUAUAUGUACACUCAAAUGCAGCCAAGUAUUUGCCUUCGCAUUUCAAAUUCAGGGGUUUCUAGAAUUGAAAAAGUAGUUCCAGAUUCAUCAGGAGAUUCAAUUGUUGCCGCCAAUUGUUGAUUUGAAGGAGGUUUCGGAUCUCCAUCACCGGUUUGCUUCUUCAUUUUUUAUAUGCAACUAUGCUUUCGAAUCCUGAUUCGAUCCGCUACGCUUGUGUCUCCCAAGGCACAACAAUCGUUGCAGAAUUCAACUCGGAAAACGCCGAUCUCGCAGCCCUAGCUGCGAAAUGUCUAGAGAAAGUCCCUCAAAACCACGAGAUCUUCUCUCACACAGUCAGAGGCAAAUCGUACACAUUCUUAAUCGACGAUAGCCAUGUCUAUUUCGCUAUCUAUAUCCAUACGAUGGAGAAAUCGGAAGGAAUUGCAUUUCUCCGUAAGGUUAUGGAAGCAUACAAAGAAAUCGCGGCGUCAGAGGGCGUUGAUGAUGAUUUGAAAAAGAUUAGCUCUCAUUGUUUUCAAGGCGUUUUCAGUCCAAUAUUUCAUCGGUUGCUAGCGUCAACAGAACACAUCGAGCCUCCUCUUACACCGAGUGAGAGACACAGGCACAAUCGAAGCGGGAGCCUUGAUUCAAUUGAGAAGAGGACGGGAUCCGUGCCAUUGCUUGGAGGAGAUUAUGCAAUUAUGUUGAAGAAAAAGAAGAGGAGGAUGAGCAUGGAUAUUAUUGGGAAAGGUAUAGAUGAGAAGAAAGUGGAUGUUUCAGAUGACUCUGUUAUUUUGCAGAGGAACAUUGGAUUAUUGGAUCCUGGACUGAAAGCUAAGAAAGUGUGGAAGAAACAUGUUUGGAUUGUAUUGUCCAUGGACUUGAUCAUUUGCUCAAUCUUGUUUGGGGUUUGGCUGUGGAUUUGCAGAGGCCUCCAAUGCAUGAAUCAAAGCUUAUGAUGAUCAUGAUGAUGAAUUUGCUAUUGCUGUACAAAAUUCCUUCACCAAGGUACAAAAUGCUUAAAUCUUUAAGGAAUUACUUUGUUGUUGUUUGUUUGUGGGAGAAUUAACACUAUUUAAUGUUACUUGUUUAUAUAUUA